AUGGAUGGCGCUCAGCCAUACAGCGCCAUGGCGGGGAAGCUAGACUCCCGUCUGCUCAAGGCCCUUGAAGUGAUGGACUUCAAGUUCAUGACCCCCGUCCAGCAGCGAGUUCUAAGUGAACUUCCCGAUUGGCGCAGUGACUGUCUUGUCCAAGCUAAGACUGGUACUGGAAAGACUCUUGCCUUCCUUCUGCCCGCACUACACUGCCUGCUUCAGGGUAACUCAGCGCCACCAAGGGGCCAGGUUGCCAUCUUGAUCAUUACGCCGACACGAGAGCUCGCCCAGCAAAUCGCCAAGUCAUGCGACCAACUCACAUCACAAUUGUCGAAAUCCCUCGAAUGUCAUAUUGCGGUCGGUGGAACAGCUCGUGCAUCUGCUCAUUCACGUUUCAUGAAAGGCGCCCCUUCUGUUCUAGUAGCAACUCCGGGUCGUCUCAAGGAUUACCUGUCUGACGAUUACACUGCUGAGAAAUUGUCAAACAUUCAAACAUUGGUUCUUGAUGAGGCUGAUACCAUGCUUGAAGCUGGUUUCCUGGCUGAUGUCAAGCAAAUUCUGCGCCUGAUUCCAUCAAAGAAAACCGCCGGGUGGCAAGGCAUGUGCUUUUCGGCUACUGUUCCUCCUAAGGUCAAGGAGGUGGUUAGUGUCGUUCUGAAAGAUGGCUACACUAAUAUUUCGACAAUUGACAAGAACGAAGCUCCUACACAUGAGCGGGUACCACAGUACCAUGUGGUGAUUCCAUCCGUGGCAGAAACCUUCACAACACUAGCUACACUUGUCAAGCUCGAGAGCCAAAAAUGCUCUAAAAUCAUUGUUUUCGGCGUCACUGCCAAUAUGGUCGCUCUAUUUGCCAAGGUCUUUUCCCGAGGACUGACACCAUUGAACGUAUUUGAGAUUCAUUCCCGACUCAGCCAGAAUAUUCGCACAAGAACCACAGCACAGUUCAAGGAAGCCGCGUCUGGAAUCAUGUUCGCUUCGGAUGUUAUUGGUCGUGGUAUGGACUUCCCCAACGUCGACCUGGUUAUCCAAGUCGGUUUGCCAUCAAACGGUGAACAGUACGUUCACCGCGUUGGUCGUACAGCUCGCGCAGGAAAUGACGGUCGUGCUAUUAUUCUUCUUACACAAAGCGAAUCUUUCUUCAUGAAGGUUAAUCGCCACCUGCCCAUUCAGCCCCACCCUCAGACUGAGGCUAUCAUUGCGGAAGCUCCUGCAUGUGCCGACGAUGUCAACCAAGCUAUGUAUAGCAUUGAUGAAGUUACCAAGCAGCGGGCCUACUCCUCCUACAUUGGUUUCUUUGCUGGAUCAGGUCUUUUGAGACAGCUCCGUCUCGACAAGACUGGCCUGGUCCAAUUAGCAAACGAAAUGGCCAUCAAGGGCAUGGCCUGUCCUGAAGCUCCUCCAAUGGACAAGAAGGUCGUUGGUAAGAUGGGGCUCAAGGGUGUUCCUGGAUUCAAUUUUGGAAGCCUGGACGAUUUGAAUGGAGACAGUUCCGGUGGUCCUCGUGGUCGUCCACAAGGGCGCCCCAAUGGCAAGAAACGCGAUGUUCUUAGCCCCGGCGCCGGCUCAAACAGAGGAGGCGUUGAGAAGUCAGGAGGUCGUGGAGGAGGCCGGGGAGGUCGCGGAGGCCGUGGAGGCCGUGGACGCGGUCGUGGUGGUGGCCGCGGCAGAGGAGCUUAA